AUUCAGCGCAGCUGCAAAAACAUCUCUCUAUCGCGGCCGUACUAGUCAUUCUUACAAUUAGAUGCUCUUAGGAUUUCUCUUUUCUGUUGAAAGAUGCAUAAUAGUAUUUUUUAGCAUCUGUAAUUGACUCGUUUUUUUACAAUCUUAACUCCAAUAUGCAUAGUUUUAACACAGUUAAAAAAAGAAACAAACUCCAAGACUUUUCUAAAAAUUUUUGAUUUUACUGCUCUUAUUCUCUCACGAAUUUUAAACCUGUGAAUUGUUUGCAAACUUUCAAUAUGUCAAAUAAAUAUGAAGGAAACUUGUGUGUGUCAAAAAAUUUGUUGACUGGGCAAUUGAUAUUUUUAUAACAUGUUAACAGUUGUGAUAUGACUGUGUUGAAACAAUAAAAAAUGCAAUAAACGCAAUUGAGUUCUUCGUAUUGUAUUCUGUGUGCUGUAAUAAUUAAGUUUUGUCCAAAGUUAAAAUGUCCAAUUCGGAGACUGGCGUGGGAUGCAUUAGCGAGGUAACACUUGCAAUUGGUAAAGCAAGAAGUUCUCAGGCAGGUACCAUGAGAGUCCCUGAUAGUCCCGACUCCGAUGGAUCUGGCCAAUCUAUUUCAUACACUGUGCAACGAUUUAAUUAUACCAAUGAUAGCAAUGCUAACUCCAGUAUUCUUCAGUCACCUCUUACUAGUGAUGACUUGAGAAUACCUAUUAUUGGUUAUGAGAUUAUGGAAGAAAGAGCUAGAUUUACAGUUUACAAACUUCGAGUUGAAUUAAAAAACGGUGAUUGCUGGUUUGUGUUCAGGAGGUACACAGACUUUGUUCGAUUACUAGCGCAAUUGAAAAGACAAAAAGUUCCUAUCGCUCAUUUGGCGUUACCAAGAAAGAAAUGGCUUGGUGAUAAUUUUGCUCCAAGUUUUUUAGAAGAAAGGAUUUGCGGCCUUCAGACAUUUGUCAAUGGCAUAUUAAGUAGUCCACUUCUCAUAGGUGUUUCAUGUGUAAGAGAAUUCUUUUGUUUGGAUGAUCCUCCUAUUUUAUCUGAUACAGCAGAAGAAUCUAGGGCAAUAUUUGAAGCACUGCAAGAUACAAUAUAUAAUUUGAGACAACAGUUAAGAGAAUGUGAUACAGCACUUGCAUCUGAAAAGGCUUUAUGUAAUGAAUUCCGAAAAAAACUUCAUCAGAUAUUAAGUGAAAGACAAACUUGUUCAAAAUGUGGUGCAACUCAAUAAUAAUUUUAUAGACUGGAUUAUAAUAUUAGCAAUACAAGAUAGAUAUGAAUAACACAUUGUGUUAUUCGUAAUGUUAGAUCUGAUUAGAGUUAAUUUGUACAGAUUUUAAUUCAAUAUUUUAAAAAGCAUAGAAAA